AUGGCUGCGAUGCCAAAACCCUCCGACUCCAAGACGGGCGGCAAGGCCACCGUCUUGCUCGGUUCCCAGUGGGGCGACGAGGGCAAGGGCAAGCUCGCCGAUGUUCUCAGCGGUCAGAUGGACGUCUGCGCUCGUUGCGCCGGUGGUAACAACGCCGGCCACACCAUCGUCGCCGACGUCAACGGCGUCAAGACCAAGUUCGACUUCCACCUUCUCCCCUCGGGUCUCGUUAACCCGCGCUGCGCCGGCUUCAUCGGUUCCGGUGUGGUGGUGCACGUCCCCUCGUUCUUCGCCGAGCUCGACACGAUCGAGAAGAAGGGCCUCAACUGCGACGGUCGUCUGUUCAUCUCGGACCGUGCUCACCUCGUCUUUGACUUCCACCAGGUCGUCGACGGUCUCAAGGAGGUCGAGCUCGGCGGAAGCAGCAUCGGCACCACCAAGAAGGGCAUUGGGCCGGCCUACUCGUCCAAGGCUUCGCGAUCGGGUCUGCGGGUGCACCACCUCUACGACCCGGAGCUGUUCGCCUCCAAGUUCCGCAAGCUCGUCGAGGGUCGUUUCAAGCGAUACGGCCACUUUGAGUACGAUACCGAGGGCGAGAUCGCCCGCUACCGUGCUUUCGCCGAGCGACUGCGACCUCACAUCGUCGACGGUGUCACCUUCAUCCACACUGCGCUCGCACAGAACCGCAAGGUGCUGGUUGAGGGUGCCAACGCGCUCUUCCUCGACAUUGACUUCGGAACCUACCCCUUCGUCACCAGCUCGUCCACUUCGAUCGGCGGUGUGCUCACCGGUCUCGGCAUCCCGCCUACUGCCAUUGGCAACGUCAUCGGUGUCAUGAAGGCGUACACUACCCGUGUCGGCAUGGGACCCUUCCCCACCGAGCUUCACGAGGAGAUUGGCCACCACCUGCAAGAAGUUGGUGCCGAGUACGGUGUGACCACGGGCCGUCGACGUCGUUGUGGCUGGCUCGACUUGGUCAUGAUGCGCUACUCGUGUCUGAUCAACGGCUACACCAGCCUCAACUUGACCAAGCUCGAUGUGCUGGAUCAGCUCAAGGAGCUCAAGAUCGCCGUUGGAUACGUCAUCGAUGGCAAGGAGCUGCCUAGCUUCCCCGCCGACCUCGAGGUGCUGGCCAAGGUCGAGGUGCAGUACAAGACAUUGCCAGGAUGGCAGGAGGACAUCUCGAAAGCGACCACUUGGGAGGAGCUGCCGCAGAACUGCCGCAACUACGUCGAUUUCAUCGAACAGUUCCUCGGCGUCAAGAUCGAGUGGAUCGGCGUGGGACCUGCUCGCGAGUCGAUGAUCCACCGUGCGUGA